GCCUUUUGGGCAAUUAGCAUUUCUAUUCAACAACUAAAGCCCAAACCCAGAAAGGCAGAAACUGCACUGCAGCGUUGGUGGUGGCAACUUGCAACUUUAAACCCUUUCCACAGCCAACCUCUCCCACUCCUUCCCUCCACCUAUGGCUUCCAGGCGUUUGAGGGCAUUCAAGCGGUGGAUGAAGUCGAAGGGGCUCGAAUGGAGCGAUGCACUGGAGUUUGUGGACACCCCAGAAGAAGGAGUUGAAGUGAGAGCAUUGUGCCAGUUGAAGGAAGGUGAUGUUGUGGCCAAGAUGCCAAAGGAAGCUUGCCUCACCACAAAGACCAGUGGGGCACGUAAGAUCAUUGAAGAGGCUGGUUUGGAUGGUCAUUUGGGGCUUGCAUUUGCUAUCAUGUAUGAGAGAAGCUUGGAUGGGGACUCUCCUUUUGCUGGCUACCUUCAACUCUUGCCUCACCAAGAGUGUGUGCCAAUUGUUUGGACCCUCGAUGAAGUAAACGAGCUUUUGUGUGGUACUGAGCUUCAUCAGACAGUGCAAGAAGACAAGGCUCUGAUUUAUGAUGACUGGAAAGAGAAUAUUCUACCCCUAUUGGAUUUAGCACCUUUAAAACUAAAUCCAAAGUUCUUUGGCGUAGAACAAUACUUUGCAGCAAAAAGUCUUAUAUCUUCACGAUCUUUUGAGAUUGAUGAUUACCAUGGUUUUGGCAUGGUUCCCUUGGCAGAUCUAUUCAAUCAUAAAACAGGUGCCGAGGAUGUGCAUUUCACUGCUAUGUCCUCUAAUGAUGAGUCUGAUACUGAUGUUGAUGGCUGUAACGAUGAUGAGGGCAUUGUCAAGGAAGAAACAUUGGCUCAAAAUUCCUCUAUAGAUAUGACCGUGUUAAAUAAUGGGAACUGCAAUGUUAGUGACUCGGAUAGUUCUUCAGUUAGUGAUGGUGAUACUUCUAUGCUGGAGAUGAUUAUGAUAAAAGAUGUCAGCAGUGGAACUGAGGUAUUUAAUACUUAUGGGCUAUUGGGUAAUGCUGCUUUGCUUCAUAGAUAUGGAUUUACUGAGCAAGAUAAUUCCUAUGAUAUUGUAAACAUAGAUAUGGAACUGGUACUUCAAUGGUGUACUUCUGUGUUUUCUGACCGCCACAGUAGAGCAAGAGUUUCCCUUUGGAGAAAGUUAGGCUAUUCUGCAUGUGGCAGCCAAAACUCUGAAUAUUUUGAGAUCUCAUUUGAUGGAGAACCACAGAUUGAACUCCUCGUUUUAUUGCACAUCAUGUUAUUACCAGAUAAUGCCUACCAUAAGUUAGACCUAUCGGUUGCUGGAAAUUGUGAUGAAUCAAGUGGAACCACCUUUCUGAAUGGUAAUAUCUUUCCUAGUAAAGCAUUUAAUAUGAGCAAGAAAUCCUUGCUGCCUAAAAAAGUUUGUGAUGUCCUGUCGUCACUUGCUGAUAUGAGGGAGAGUCUCUAUGGCUUGAAAUCAAUUGAAGAUGAUAUUGAGGCAUUGGGAAGGUGUAGUUUAGUUAGAGAGAGAAAGCUGUAUCAUUCUUUGAUGCUGCGCAUCAAUGAAAGGAAGAUCCUCCAGAGGCUCAGAAAUUAUGCUUCACAGCCAUUUAAAAAUAAAAUCACUAACCAUAGUUCUCCGAGGAAGAAGUUGAAAAGAACAACAAAGAAAACGAGUUGAUUCUUUUAGUGUUUACUUUAUUUAUUUUUCCAUGAGAUGCUAACUUAUAUUUUGGCGCACCAAGUCAUUGGCCUAUGCAAAGUAGCAAAGCCGUCUCUCUCAUUUGUCGCAUUUGGUUUUUGGUCAGCAAUAAAACAUGAUGUAUCGUUUUUCUUUUAUUAGUUCUAUAAUGUACCAUUUGUGUUUCUAUCAUUUAUGUCAUGAUCUUUCAUCUCAUGCUCUUAUGUUGAUAUAUUUUCCUCUUGUACAGUUAUGAUGUAUCAAAUGAUUGAGGAAAACCUUAUGUGAGAUGACAAAAUGAGGGAAUAUAUAAUGAGUUUGAAUAAUGUAAA